AAAAGAGCAGAAAAGAAAAAAAUAAGGAGCUUGGUAUGUAUGGUGAUGGGUAUAUAGUAGAAUCGCUUUAUACAGUGUUCAAUAUACAUAUAUUCGGUGUAUACGCCAACACGUUGCAUUUCUCUACCUACCUGCAGACCGUAUAGUACAGUUAAAGUCUGGUGAACAAGUUGCGCCGCCGCCGGCGUCGCCACUACACUCACAGCCACGACAAACAGGACCGGUCCAGAGUCCAAGUAGCGAGCAGGUUCAUCCGCUUUUUUGUCUCUUGUCUUUCUUUUUGUAUAUCAGAAAAAGCAUUAUUGUUUUAUUGUUAUAUGCUUAAGAGAACUUUGGCGAAACAUCCGUGUAUGAGAACAUAGAAUACGAUAAAGCAGACAUCUUAAAUGAAGUAAGAGUGUAUUUUCAUGAAAUAGCGGUGUUUUAUCAGUGAUUUGAAUCAAAUAAGUGAAGCGUAGAAUAAUUUUCAUAGAAAUGCAGUGGUUAAGGUCAAUAAUGGAAAAGGUUUGGUGGAUAAUAUUAAUACUCUCUGUGCUUAUUACUGUGAGCUGCAUGAGAACCAAUAUAGUAGCUACAGCUUUACCUGCCGCUAGUAUAUCCUCAACGUCAACACAGCUACAGCAAACAUUCAAACCUCAACCACAUUUGCAAAGGCUUCAUUGCCAGGCAAUACAUACAUAUUUUGAGUCAUUGGGCUUUCCCACUAGCAAUCUGCCAAGGGAGCCUAUAUCUUCACGUGAACUGAAGAUCUGCACUGACAUCAGCAGUGGUGGAGAGGUCUGCUGUUCUACAGAUAUGGAAUUAAAAAUGCAGAUAAAAGCACGUGAUAGACAUGAUAAAACAACUAAAAACGCGCUUCAUAGACUCCAAAAUGUAUUACAGACAAGAGCCCAUCGAUUUCAUGAUUUCUUCAAUGAUCUCUUAAAUGCCAGUAAGAGGAGCUUUCACGAGAUGUUUAAAAAGACAUAUGGAAUAUUAUACGAGCAAAAUGCUUACGUAUUCAUCGACUUAUUCCGUGAGCUUGAAAAAUAUUAUGCUAAAGGUUCGGUGGAUCUCGAUAACGUAAUGGAUACAUUUUUUAACACUCUUUAUCAAAAAAUGUUCACGGUUUUGAACAGCCAAUAUAAGUUUGAUAAUAAGUACCUAGAAUGCGUGAGUCAUCAUAUGAAAGAAAUGCGACCGUUUGGAGAUGUUCCCCAAAAACUAAGUGUACAGAUAAAACGCUCCUUUGUCGCUACCCGUGCUUUCAGUCAAGCUCUUCAAAUAGGAGCCGAUGUUCUAAAAAAUAUGCAGCAGUUGAAGUCUUCAAGCGACUGUACUGUAGCCAUUACGCGUAUGAGUGUAUGUCCUAAGUGUGCAGGAUUUGAACCAGAAAAAGCGCUUGCCUGUAAUGAUAUGUGUGAAAAUGUCAUGAAAGGUUGUCUCAUACAACAUACAGCUCUGGAUACUGAGUGGAAUCACUUUGUCGAUGCUGUGGAUAAAGUUGCUGACCGGCUCUUGGGACCUUUCAAUAUUGAGAUGCUUGUUAGACCAAUAAACUUGAAAAUUUCUGAAGCUAUAAUGAAUUUUCAAGAAAGUAGCAGUGAUGUGUCACAACGCGUAUUCACAGGUUGUGGACGGCCGGUACUCGGUCGCCGGCGUCGACGGCGGAGGCGGCGUGCCGAACCAGGGCGUCGUUCGGACCACAUUGGAGAUGAUGGAAGAGAAGAAGAAGGCGAGAGUGAUAACGAAAAUCAGUACGAAGAUGAUGUUAUUGAUGAAAAGGAAAUCGGAAUUUCGGCAAAAUUAAAGGAAGAAGAUGAACUAGCCGAGACAAGUAGUGUUUUUCUUGAUAAGCUUGUCAAAGAAAUAAAGCAACGUGUGCGCGACUCUCGGCAGUUUUGGAUAUAUUUACCUUAUAAGUUAUGUAAUGACGAAGGCUUAGCAGCGUCACCCUCACGUAGUCAUGAUUGUUGGAAUGGCACACAUCUUGAUAAAUAUACUUAUCCCAUAACCCCUCAAGGCCUUGAAUCUCAACAUUUAAACCCAGAGGUGCGAACUUCUGGUCAAGCAGCAAGUGCUUCGACUUUAGGUUCCAGCAUUAGUGAUACUUUGAAUUAUGGUCAUACGGUAAAUGCUGUUCGCGAGCAGAUAUUUGCAUUAAGUAGUAUCAGCAACCGGUUGAGGCUUGCUUUCAACGGCCAUGAUGUCGACUGGACUGACGUUGAAGAUAGCUGGUCAAAUUCUGGAAGCGGUUCAGGAAUUUCACCUGUUGACCCUAUUACGGAUGAUGAGGAUGGCUUCGAUGAAGGUUCUGAAUCUGAGUCUCCGUUAGACCGCAGCCAUGAUAAAAGCGAUGAUCACAACCAGAAACAAGAUGUUAGUCACGAUGAAUUCAAGACAAGUCGACCAGCAUCAGAUCUUCCAGGUCAACAAACUUCACUCCCGGGCCAGUUUCCAUCGUCUAGACAGACCAAUAUGACGGAAAAUGACUCUACUGCAAGUGUAUCCAGCAUGUCACUUGGACGUGCACUUACCACAUAUUUACUUCCAAUUGUCGUUAUGUGGUUCGGAAGCUGUUUUGUCGAAUGGCUGUGAUCUCUUUCUUUAGUUUCUUUUGCUGUAUAUAGUUUAUGCCUCCGUCAAAAUGAAACUGCUACCUACAAUGAGCCCUGUGAUACUAUUCCAUUAGGCUCUUUUUAUUGUUAUUUUAUGCUCUCUAGAUUUUUUUCAUUACUUAAUCUACAUGAUUUUAUUUCAUUUUAUUCGACUUUGUUACUUAUUCUUGGAUUGUAGAUUUCCUUAUAUUUAUUAAUUGAUUUAUUAUAAGUCAAUCAUGUGACUAUGAUAUUAACGCGAACACGAAAGUUUAUGAAAAUAAAUAUUGUUAGUAAAAAGUCACUAUCUAACUAUAUGAAAGUAGCUUAUCCUUGAUUAUAGGCUUGAGGUUUUGCUGAUCAUUUUUACUGCCCUAACUUAUUAGAUAUAAUAUGUACUUAUUUAUUUGUAAUGCGUUGACAAUAAUUUAAGAUGUUUUGACUUCUUCAUUUUUAAGAUACAUUUUUAACUAUAUCGUAAUGUUUUUUGUGCUAACACUUUGGAUUGAUUGAUAAAUGUCUUUGUAAGAAAAUUAUAAUUGUAGUUACGUAAUUGGAAUGAACGAUGAAUCCAUGUAAAAAUGCGACUAUGUGUCAAUUGUUAUGAGUAUAGACCACUGUGAUAAAAUUUAUAAAACUGUAAAUCUUCAAAAUAUUUCAUAAUUCUGCCAACUUAAAUCGUAUUAAUACUUGAUAAGCAAUCAAACUUUUACUUCAAUGUUUAACUGUACCUUUGCAAUGUACACAUGUAUAUUGAAAAGAUUGUCACCUUAAUAAGAAAAAUAGCCUUAAGUAAAUAAACAAAAUAACGGACUAUGUUUGCAUUAACGUUAUAAUGGGCAUACUUUAUGGUUUAGAAACAAUUAAUGUUCAUUUAACCACGGAAUAGAAUGGUAAUUAUUGUAAGAAUUUCAUUGAAAUCGCUAGUAUAAUCCCUCGAGGAAUUGACAAAAACCUGUAACCUAUGCGAUAAUAUCAAAAUAAGAUGUUUUCAAAAUUUGAAUAAUUGAUGAAAAUAAAACUAAUAUUUAUUGAAACAAACCAGCUCUAUAAUAUUUUAAGCUAACAAAGAUCGCAA